CACGGACCACCGGCAAAAAUAUAAACAGCCAGCGGCGCGUUUGCAAAAAACAGAGUGAUACUUAACUUUAUCGGCAAGAAAUCAAGAGUCUCGCCAUAGCUGCAAUGGCGAAGGAUUCAAUGGUUAGAGAAAUCUGUAGUCCAUGGGCUGAUCUUCACCCGGAGCUGUUGAAUUUAAUCUACGAGAAACUGCCUCCCUCCCCCACCGCCCGAAGCUCAGGAUUCAGUUCCGUAUGCAAGCCCUGGCGCCGAUUCCACGCCGCUGUUCCCCUGCCAACGCGGCAUCCUUCCUACCGCCCGGGGCAAUUCCUCCUCUGCACGACCGUCGACGCCAUCCCGGACGCCAAGAUUCGUCACCAAUUGCAGGACGCCUACAUCGCCUACAGCUGGCCGAGCAGCGGGUGGCUGAUGCUGCGGCAUUCACACAACGUUCAGAUCUUCGGUUGCUUCAAUCCCCUGCUCUCCUGGCCGCGGAACUACAUCGCACUCCAUGAAGAUUCCAAUUCGCCGUCGCCGCAGCAGAUUAAGGCAGCUUUCUCGAGCGAUCCUGCAGGCCCCGAGGACUGGACCAUCCUCGUCGCGGGAGAGCAGGGGUACGGUUUCAGCACGUUCCGCCGCGGCGACACCGCCUGGAAGAACUACCGCCGCCGGUACCACUGGGCCAUCAUGUACGCAGGGGAUUGCGUCGCUAUCGGGUUCAGAGACGGCGAGUUCUUCUGCCUCUUCGGCAGCGGAGACGUCCUGGUUUUCGGAAUUGGGGAAGGCGGCGAGCGGAGGGUGCUGGUGGCGGAUCCCCUUCCGGCGGUGCUGGUGGAGAGGAGAAGGAAGGAAGAAGUCGAGAGAAUGGUGGGAGCAAUGGACAGAGAAAGGAGGUGGAAUUUGGGAGCGGCGGUUAUGGCUAGAGAACAACCUUACUGCGCGAUCAGCACGAGUGCUUAGAUCGGAAUCCUCAUGGUUGCAGUGGAUCCAAAUAUGUCUGAAACCAUUCAUUCCAAGGUUGCAAGAUGUUGUAGAUGGGUUAUGCAUGCUUUAUUGUUAAAAAAAAUUAAGAUACACAUUGUAGAUUGAUUAUGUGUUUGGAUAUGUGCGUUUCAAUUGGAUCAUAUCGGUAUUAUGAUGGAUCGUCUACUUAAUCGCGUAAAAUUGACCGACACGAGUUCUUUAUAAUGUUUGUACAUCAUAAUGAUCUAGUUGAAUUGUGAAUUUAGCAGUCCAACCAAUCAACACAAAUAUGGUGAAGACUAUUUAGUGGCCAAUUGAAGAUUUUUUUGAGAAGUGUGUCAGUUGAUGAAAAUAAAAUGAAUAAUUCACAAAGUACAAAAUUUUAUUGUUUUUCAAAAAAACAAAUUUUAAUAUUAUGCGAGGUUUUCGAAAUAUCUUUAUUGUUUAAUUUGCAACUCAAAUAUUUUUCAAUACAUACAAUACAACCCAACAAUUAUUGAUAAAUUGGUCGGUAAUCUUAUUCCGAAUGUCAUAGUAUUAACUUCGUGUAAACCAGGCUUUACUUUUGGGCUUGGAGAUAAUUUGAAACCAAGCCCAUUGGGCCUGAAACCAUCAAACACGAAUCAGAAUAGAAUCCCGCACAAGGACAAUUGAGUGUUUAUAGAUAAAUUUAAGGGUUAUAGGUAUAAUAUGCCCAUCUACUAUGAUGUUUUAUCAAACAUGCCCCUCUACUAUUUUUUAAAUCAAACAUGCCCCUGUACUUUGUAAAAAUGAUCAAACAUGCUCUUUUGUUAAAAUUUUCAUAAAAAAACCGUUAACCAAGGCCGAACUUUAGUUUGGGCUACACAAAUGACUAAAAUAUCCCUAAUAAAUUCACUUUAGAAUU